CCUUCGCUGUAGUAUUCUGUGUCCCGUCUGAGAAAAACGACGCACUGCGCAUGUCAGUGCAAAAGAUAAACGACGACUGCAUGACCACCGAAGCGCUCACGUAUUGAUUCAUUCAGGUGUAAAAAAUGGGGAAGGCUCUGUCCCACCUGCCGAAGCAUACCUGUCAUGAUGAGUGUAAGGACAGCCUGACCUCAUCGCCCGGGUACAGCGCCAUGCAGACCGAUGAUGGUAAGAACGAGGGAGAUGUGUCUCAGUUCCCAUACGUGGAGUUCACUGGCCGAGACAGCGUCACAUGCCCCACAUGCCAAGGCACUGGAAGGAUCCCGCGAGGCCAAGAAAAUCAGCUGGUGGCCCUGAUCCCGUACAGCGACCAGAGGCUGAGACCAAGGAGAACCAAGCUGUAUGUGACUGCUUCAGUCAUUGUGUGCCUGCUGCUCUCCAGCCUGGCUGUGUUCUUCCUUUUCCCACGUUCCAUUGAUGUCAACUAUGUGGGAGUGAAGUCUGUCUACGUGUCCUAUGACCAGAGCAAACGCAUUGUGUAUCUCAAUGUCACUAACUCACUGAAUAUUACUAACAACAACUAUUACUCAGUGGACGUGGCCAACAUCACAGCCCAAGUGCAGUUUUCCAAGACUGUGAUUGGAAAAACCCGCAUUAGCAACAUAACCACUAUUGGCCCUCUGGAUAUGAAGCAGAUUGACUACAUGGUGCCCACUACUAUUGCAGAUGAAAUGAGCUAUAUGUAUGACUACUGUACCCUGCAGAGCAUCAAGGUGCACAACAUUGUGGUUAUGAUGCAGAUAACCGUCACUACUGUGUACUUUGGCCAUGCUGAGCAGGUGUCUCAGGAGAUGUACCAGUAUGUGGAUUGCGGAGAAAACACUACUGCUCUGCAUGAAUACAGUCUGAAUACUCCUCUGGCAGGCUAGAGCUGAGCCUGAUAGCGUAACCUGUCACCCUGUCCCUCACCGCUCACUCCAUGUGUCAUUGUUUUGGCAAAACUGCUUGAGUGUUUACUGCACUUCUGCCAGUUAACCACUAGAUGUCAGGCAAUUCACAAAUGAUGCACUUUAUUGUCCAUGUUCUCCAAGCAAUAUGAACAAUGCGAGAUCUCGGAAGUUCUCAUUCCAGUUCACUUUGCCAAACUGAAUUGUUCACUACAAAUUCAUUUUUGACAAAGUUCCAUUGUUUUCAAGCACUACAUAUAGUAUUUAAAACCUUUCUAAAGUGGAGUAAUGAUGUAUUUGACGACCAACUGUGCUUUGGGUUAUUAUAUUUAUUUCUAUAAUUUUGAACCUAAUAUUAAUUUCAGUUUCAGUGACGGGAUC